AGGCUUGAGCCACCGCGCCCGGCCUAUUUUUUUCUACUAAGUUUUAAAAAUGCUAAGAAAAGAAACCAGCUAGAUGUGGAAUAUGACCAGCGACUUAAGCUGUUUGUCAUCAAGUCAGCUAUAGAUAUCUUGAUGAAAGUGUGUGAACAAGUUAAACCUUUUCAUUGAUGAAACCUAAAAUAGUAGCAAUGGCUGUCAUCAUCAUCAUUAUUAUACAUUUUAAAAUAUAUUGUUUUUCCUAUUCUAAAAAGUAGGAUGAAUAUUUUUAAAUUCACAGUCUGCACUUGUGUCAGUUAACCAUUUAGAGGUCUUCAUGUGCUAAAAGUUUUCAAAAUAUUGCGCAGGGGCCACUGGCAUUGUAAAAAUUGGGAAAUAGUCUGGUCAGAUCAGUGUUUCAGAAAGUAUUCUGCUUAUCUCAAAAUAUUCUAUUAUUGCAUUUUUAUCAUAGGAUGCAUCAAAAAUUGGUAAGAAUUUCUUUAUCUGAUUUUCACAAUAAUAUCAAUUGACCUACACUGAGCAGUCUGUAUAAUGAACACACACUAAAGAUGGCAAAUUUGCCAGAGAAAGCAUGGAGGGUAGAAAAGAAUAAAAGAAAUAAAGCAUGUCAAACUCUGAUACUGGUGCCUUAUUUCUUAAUCUAAAUUGUAAUUAAAUCUUAUUUUAUUUAGUAUGAGGACUGAAUCAUAACCACCAGCCCUCUAGUGCUCAAAGGAAGUAACUGUACAUGGAAUAAAAAAAAAAAAGUGCCUCCCUUGGAAGUCCUGAUAAAGCAUUUGAGAAACACAUGAACUUUCAUUAAAAGUUAAUAACAUGGCACCAGCCAUGCAAUCCAUAGAACUAUACAUUUUUAUGUAUCAAAAAAGAUAGUAUCUUUGCUGAAUUAACUGCUAAAUACUAUAGCUGCUAGAGUGUAAAAUAAUCUAACAGAUAAUGUAAAUCAUACUAGAUAAUACAAGUGAAUUCUGUAGUGGUCUUCAGAUACUGUUACAGGUAAAAUUGUGUUUACAAAUGAGCAACUUGGAAGGAGGCUUUAGAGGUUGGGCACAUUACCCUCUUUGAGUGAGAUAGACAUACUUUUCUGAAAGUUUAAUCAAAUAAGACAGUCACAGUUGGGCCACAAAUGGUUUUUGCUUUAAGAAGCAAUGUAGCUCAUGGCCACUUAAUAUAGUCAGUUGCCACUUCAUUUUCAAUCCUUCUCCUUAAUUAAUGCUAGAUUAGUUCAUCAAGUGGGUGAGAUAAUGUAACAAUGAUGAACUGAAAGCAUACAGGUCCCAUGCAAUGCCUCACAUUUCAUAAAGUUUUGUUGUAUUAACAUUUCAGGGUAUAUCGAACCUUAAGAAUUGAUGCGAGUAAUACCAUUUCAAAGCUCUACACAUAGGGUCCAAUUAUUACAGCACACUGUGACUGGGUUAAUAUUUAACAGUGGCUGUCCUUCACGUUCCCUUAGGGAAUCCUCCCAAUUUAGGGAGUUGGGAGAUAGCAGUUUUAUUCUUCUUUACCGAACUGGCCUUAUUGUGCAAUUAAUUAAGACCUGCUUUAAAAUAGCCUUCACAACCCUUUAAAACCAUGGAAACAUCAUAGUGAAUUUAUUUUCAGGCUAAAAUAGCUACUUUCAUCCAGGUUGGAUUAAUGAGUAUCAGAGUUGUCGUUGCUUUCUGGGUAGAGCAUUACUACUCAGAAACAACUCAUUUUCUUGACUAUACUCUGGGUUUUCAAAGUGAUGAGGUGCUGUUAAAGAACCGACCUUGUAUAGUAAGUUCACAUGCAGUUCAGUUUUUCACAUUUUUCUUUAAUUAUGACUUGUACAUGAAGCAUAAAACAUGUGUACCGUUUAAAGAAUAAUUAUUAAGUGAACGCUCAGAUAAACCACCUCCCAGAUCAAGAAAAAUGACCAGCAUUCCAGAAGCCCUGCCCUUGCCAUGUGCCCCUCCCACAUGGCAGUCCUCUACUCUGGAUAGCUUCUGUCUUUACUUUUGCCAUUUCCUUGCUUCUGUUUGAAAUGUAAUCACUUACAUUUGUAUUCUAAAAUGAUAUAACUUGCUUGUCUGUUUUUGAACUUAGAGGCAUAGAGUCGUAAUGAAUGUUAUGUGCAUUUUUGUGUCUGGUAUCUUUCACUCAGCAUUAGGUUUGUGAGACUUUACCCACGUUGUUGCUAUCCAGUGUAUUUUUUAAAAAACCUUUUUUAUAUUUGCUUUUCUCCCUUUUAUACUUAGGACCCCUGUAACUCUAAAUUCUUUUGGGUAUUUCUACUUUGCCUUCUUGGACUUUCUGCUAAAUGAAGAUUAAGACUUGUCUGGACCCCGGUUUCCUGAGCUGACCCGACUGCCACCAGUUUGAUGGCAUUUGUUUAGAUGAGACUACAUCUUUAAGGCUUCUGUGCCUGGUUAAAAAUCUUCCUUUCUCCCAGGCUGGUCCAAAGGUCUGGUCACGUGACUCCAGCAGUGACAUCACAUUCUGACCGCCAGGGAACACUGGUAGUUCUUUAGGUGGCGUUUGUUGCUGUGAAAGGCAGAGAAUGCAGCAAGUGCCCUUCUAAAGCACUUCAGACUGGGGCUUCUUUUGUAACAGCUCCCCAACCUAAAUGACCAAAUGCGGGCUGCCAAGGUUAUUUCUUCCUUGAGGCAGAAAAAAAGAAAACUGUGAUUGAAGAAGCUGUUGCAGAUCUUCAUUUUGCCUUAAUAUCCUUAAAGAGGACAAGUCGUACAAUGGUGGAGGAAUAGGUUAUUCAAAUAGGAUCAUGGACUUCUUGGAGGAGCCAAUCCCUGGUGUAGGGACAUAUGAUGAUUUCAAUACAAUUGACUGGGUGCGAGAGAAGUCUCGAGACCGGGAUAGGCACCGAGAGAUUACCAAUAAAAGCAAAGAGUCAACAUGGGCCUUAAUUCACAGUGUGAGUGAUGCUUUUUCCGGCUGGUUGUUGAUGCUCCUUAUUGGGCUUUUAUCAGGUUCAUUAGCUGGUUUGAUAGACAUCUCUGCUCAUUGGAUGACAGACUUAAAAGAAGGUAUAUGCACAGGGGGAUUCUGGUUUAACCAUGAACAUUGUUGCUGGAACUCUGAUCAUGUCACCUUUGAAGAGAGAGACAAAUGUCCAGAGUGGAAUAGUUGGUCCCAGCUUAUCAUCAGCACAGAUGAGGGAGCCUUUGCCUACAUAGUCAAUUAUUUCAUGUAUGUCCUCUGGGCUCUCCUAUUUGCCUUCCUUGCCGUAUCUCUUGUCAAGGUGUUUGCGCCUUAUGCCUGUGGCUCUGGAAUCCCUGAGAUAAAAACUAUCUUGAGUGGUUUCAUUAUUAGGGGCUAUUUGGGUAAGUGGACUCUGGUUAUCAAAACCAUCACCUUGGUGCUGGCAGUGUCGUCUGGCUUGAGCCUGGGCAAAGAGGGCCCUCUAGUGCACGUGGCUUGCUGCUGUGGGAACAUCCUGUGCCACUGCUUCAACAAAUACAGGAAGAAUGAAGCCAAGCGCAGAGAGGUCUUGUCGGCUGCAGCAGCAGCUGGUGUAUCUGUAGCCUUUGGAGCACCUAUAGGUGGAGUAUUAUUCAGCCUUGAAGAGGUCAGCUACUAUUUUCCCCUCAAAACAUUGUGGCGUUCAUUCUUUGCUGCCUUGGUGGCAGCAUUCACUCUACGCUCCAUCAAUCCAUUUGGGAAUAGCCGCCUGGUACUAUUUUAUGUGGAGUUUCACACCCCAUGGCAUCUCUUUGAGCUCGUACCAUUCAUUCUGCUGGGCAUAUUUGGUGGUCUGUGGGGAGCGCUGUUUAUCCGCACAAACAUUGCCUGGUGUCGGAAACGAAAGACCACCCAGUUGGGCAAGUAUCCUGUCAUAGAAGUACUCGUCGUGACAGCCAUCACUGCCAUCCUGGCUUUCCCCAAUGAAUACACUCGGAUGAGCACAAGUGAGCUCAUUUCUGAGCUGUUUAAUGACUGUGGCCUUCUGGACUCCUCCAAGCUCUGUGAUUAUGAGAACCGUUUCAACACAAGCAAGGCGGGUGAACUGCCUGACAGACCGGCUGGCGUGGGAGUCUACAGUGCAAUGUGGCAGCUGGCUUUAACACUCAUACUGAAAAUUGUCAUUACUAUAUUCACCUUUGGCAUGAAGAUCCCUUCUGGCCUCUUUAUCCCUAGCAUGGCUGUUGGUGCUAUAGCAGGUCGACUUCUAGGAGUAGGAAUGGAACAACUGGCCUAUUACCACCAGGAAUGGACCAUCUUCAAUAGCUGGUGUAGUCAGGGAGCUGAUUGCAUCACCCCCGGCCUUUAUGCAAUGGUUGGGGCUGCAGCCUGCUUAGGUGGGGUGACUCGAAUGACUGUGUCUCUUGUUGUCAUAAUGUUUGAACUGACUGGUGGCUUAGAAUACAUCGUGCCUCUGAUGGCUGCAGCCAUGACAAGCAAGUGGGUGGCAGAUGCUCUUGGGCGGGAGGGCAUCUAUGAUGCCCACAUCCGUCUCAAUGGAUACCCCUUUCUUGAAGCCAAAGAAGAGUUUGCUCAUAAGACCCUGGCAAUGGAUGUGAUGAAACCCCGGAGAAAUGAUCCUUUGUUGACUGUCCUUACUCAGGACAGUAUGACUGUGGAGGAUGUAGAGACCAUAAUCAGUGAAACCACUUACAGUGGCUUCCCAGUGGUGGUAUCCCGGGAGUCCCAAAGACUUGUGGGCUUUGUCCUCCGAAGAGAUCUCAUUAUUUCAAUUGAAAAUGCUCGAAAGAAACAGGACGGGGUUGUUAGCACUUCCAUCAUUUAUUUUACGGAGCAUUCUCCUCCAUUGCCACCAUACACUCCACCCACUCUAAAGCUUCGGAACAUCCUGGAUCUCAGCCCCUUCACUGUGACUGACCUUACACCCAUGGAGAUCGUAGUGGAUAUUUUCCGAAAGCUGGGACUGCGGCAGUGCCUGGUUACACACAACGGGCGAUUGCUUGGAAUCAUUACCAAAAAGGAUGUGUUAAAGCAUAUAGCACAGAUGGCGAACCAAGAUCCUGAUUCCAUUCUCUUCAACUAGAAUCAUAGAGUUCUGGAUAUAAAGCAGGAAGGACAUUACAGACCAUGGAUAUGUUUUAUUAACUGGGUACCCAAAACAUAUUUUCCAUAUUUGGAUGGUGAAGUCACAUUAGUGUCUUGUCUCUUUCCUACAAGUUAACCAGUUGCACUACAUAAUCUCUGGAAAUUAAUUUUCUCUUUAGGAGAAAUUACAGUUAGGCUUCCGUGAUGUUACAUUAGGAAGAUCUCAUGAAAGAAUAAAUAAGAUUGCUGUGGUUUAAUUAUAUUUGUUUUUUUUUAAAGAAUUUUUUAACUUAAAAAGUAGUUAGCCAAUAUGCAAUCACUGAAAACUAUGCAAGAAAAAUUCCAGCCGUCCUGACCUAUAACCUGUAGGAAACCGAUGAAAAAGUCACUCUUUUGGGAUCUAACUGUUGUUACUGGAAGACAAAGUGUAAACUAAGGGGCUUUGCUUUUUCAAACCAGAGAAAGGAAAGCCAGAAGGAAAAGAGUAAUGGUAUUUUCUAGACUGUGAAGAUUCAGUUCAAAUGUUAUCCUUGUUCCUGUUACAAUAUUUAGCAUUAUUAGUUUGUUAUGUAUGUAUGUUUAUGUUAAUUUUAAUUUUGAUUAUAAGACAAUGCUGCUUUGGUUAAUCUCUUCUAAAUGAAUUUAGAGAGAUUGACUUUUAUAGCUUGCUUGUUCCUGGUACUCUUUUGAAGUGCACAAAGAUAAGUUAUAGAGCUUUCUCCUUGUCUGCAAAAAGGGUAAUUUUCCAGGUGGCAUUUGUUAGCUGGUACACAAGGACUUUGCCAUGAAUUUGUUAGUAGCAAGGAAUGAUUUCUUCCAGCUUCCUUGAAAUGAAUAAUUAGUAAACUUCUAAGCAAAGUCAAUGAGUAGGAGUUUCACAUUUUUGUGAGGUCCUAACUAAUUCUCUUACCCAGAUGCCACCUCCAUGAAUGAUGGUGCUUUAGGCUUCUGGAAUAUGUAAGAACAGCAAAGGGAACCAAGUCUAGACUGCAUACUGGUAAACCAGGGAAGAUUCAGAACUGCAUCUGCAUCCUCAUGCAUUCCUUUGUAAAGACCACCAGUACUAAAAUAACUGGACACCUCAUUGCACCUCCCAGCGAUAAGUACGUGUAGCAGGCCAGUGUAUUGUCCCCAUGAGCAUGAAUUAGGCUUGGGAUACUUCCAAAUAUAUUCAAGGUGUUGGAACAGGAUAGGCAGCUGUGACUCCUUCAAGAGUCCUUAGAAUUCUAAAUAAAAUGCAGAGCCAUCCUAAGACCCAGGAGUAUGGACAAGGCCUGGUGACACCAAAGGUGCUUGUAUCCAAUUGAAAAGGUGCCUGUCUCAAUUUCAUACCACCUUUAUUGCAGUUAAAAAAAAAUCACACUCUGGGGACACUUGGUGGAAUUACAGAGCCACCAUCAUCAUUCUAACCACUAUUUCAUUUUCUGUAAUUUUACCUAUGUGCAAUUACUCCCCCUCCAUUCUGUUCCACUUCUUAUCCUAGUACCAAAUCCUCUGUUUGGGGCUGAGCACUGCUCCUGGUUAAUCAUUCCUACUACAAAAAAAUAACUCCCAGGCCUAGUUAAAUUGUAAACCAAGGCUCAGCAGUCUCCCAACACGUGGACCAGAGGUGACACACAGCCAUUUUCUUUGCCAUGUGGCCCUGUUGCUGCUGCCAUGCCUCCAUUUCCACACUGGAUGCCUACAGCAGUGAGAUUUCACUGCCGGGGUAAGAGUUCAGCCUGGAUCAUUUUAUAGCUCUGUUCCGAGCACUUCCCACCAUCCUUCCAGCCCAGAAUCGGUGGUCAUUCUGCAUAUUCCCACCAACCCUCUCCCCCCAAACACUUCAGUGUACCUCAUUUUAAGAGUUACUGAUCCCUGAUUCUAGGACAUUUUUACCCCUAGUUCUUAUCUUCCCAAAAUCUGAAAUUCCUUUUUUGGCUCAGAACUGGGUAGCCAAGGGUUAUUUUAUUUUUAUCUUUAAAAUAAUCAAGGCGGUCGCUAGAGUUUCUCCUUGUGAAUAGAUCACUCUAGCACUUUAAUGAAAAUGAAAAAAUCUCUCUGGGAUAUGUUAUAUCAUAGUCAUGGCUCAGUAACUAUGUAUUUUGUCCUUUCCAUGCCACUGAUUCCUUCAUAUGAGACUAUUUGACUGACUACCCUGUAUAUUGUGUAGAAAUCAAAGUCCUUAUCUGUACCUUUCUGGUCCAAUACCUGUCUUAUUAGUUGUCCUUCCCCACUAAAGUUUGCAAAACAGAAAAUGUUACUAUUUCUGGUAUUUAAUGACAAUGAAAGGUUUGGUCAUAUUUCAUAGUGCAGUAGCGAUAAGGAGGGUGUCUUAAGUUUGCCUUUGUGUUUCUUCUGGGCUUUGUUCUUGAUUUUAGACAGAUGAGCCAGUGUUAAGGUGCUACUUCAGAAAAUACAUUCGAGAAAUCAGAUAACACUGUGCCAAGGUAUACUUUGUAGAUGCUAAGCACUGAUGGGCCCUCCAGAGAAUGACAAUAUCCCUUUGAUACCUCACUCCUGAUCAAUCUCAUUCAUUAACUUCAGCUUCUCAGGAAUCCUUGUAGCUUAUAUGCUAGAAGUAGCUAUAGUAUAUGGUAUCCACUAUACAUCCAAUCCUAUGGUUUGGCUCAAAGUUUGGCUAAUUGCGGCUAGAGCGCUCAACUGCUAGCUCAGCACCUUGACACUCUGUUUCUUGUCUUGUGGAAAAGGAAAAUGUUCUUUCUGCCAUUGCCACUUUAACAGUUGGACAUGCUUAAGCAACAGAUACAGCCAGUACGGAGAGGACUGUCAGUAGCAUCAAAUGGCCACAUACCUCAAUGGCAGAAGACUAGAUGGUUUGUGAUUUAAAAAUUAAUGAGUCGAGAUGAGACUAUUUUGGUAUUAAAUGAGAAAAUUGCCUGACACAAGGGAAGGGUUUACAAAAGAAUGCCAAUUAGUGUUUCAACGGAGUUAGGAUUUUCCAAGGAAGAGUAGCUGGUAGCCAUCCAGCCAUAAAAUGAAUGAGAGUCUAUAGAUUUGUAAAAGUGAAACUACUAUAUUUUGUAUCUUCAAAUCUUCAAUUUAAAGAAUUUCAAGAACCUGAAACAGUUAAUGCGUGAUUCGUUAUAUUGAAGGGAAAAAACAGGGGACUGAUAAUACAAAAUAAUGGCAACUUUAAAGAUCAUUUCUACUUGGAUGUUUGGUUAGAAACAUAUUCCAAUGCUCUCCUCUUUCUCUGGCCACAGCAUCCUGGCUCAGCCCAGCUGUGGAGUAGAGGUGGUAAGAUCCACAGAACAGAUAUCCUCUGGUAGAUAAGCUGACAUUGAUGAUACUUUGAAUUUGCCAGCUGGUGAAGCAAACGAUUAAUUUGUGAUUGAACUGAAAAGCAGUUGAAUUGUUUUGGCACCAAAGGCUGAAUCUAAACCCUUUACAGGAAGAGCAGAGCAUAGUAUACAUUUCUUAGCAAAUCUUCAAUUCUGUUUGAACAUGAUGAAGUAACCAGGGCUUAGUGAGGUCUAAGGCCAUGAAGUAAUUCACAACCAAGAUCUUAUGAAUGCAUUAAGGUGUGAGGGGGCAAAUAUGUUUUCAAAAACUUCGUGUGCACUAGAGUCCAUUAUAGAAAUUAACCACUGCUGUAUGUUUUAAGUAGUUCAAUCACCUGUUGCGGUUCGGUCUUGAUUUUCGUUUAUUUUGCUAAGUGAUGAGUAGGAAGAUGUACUUGUUAUCCCACACUAUCUCUUGUUUUGUUUUGUUUUGUUUUUUUAAAUAAUGAACAGUGCAAUCUUUGAAGUUGAGUUUUUAAUAAUGAUAGCGAAGACAAUGGUGAGAACUUGAAACAGCUAGCAUAUUUUAUAUUGCCAAAGUACUUACUGAUGACUGACCACACUGUUUUGUGAGGAAUUGGGUCCCCUACACUGGAUCAGAGCCAAAUGCAAGCCACCCAUCAGUUCAGAGGAAGCAGGAGAACAUCUUUUGGGUGGUUCAUAGAACGUUGAGCUCUUAAAAACCCUGAGAAAAAUUAGGAAUUUAGAAAGUAAGUGGUAGGUAGAAUAUUGAGUCCUUUUAAAAAAAAAAAAAAUUAGAUGUCUAAAUAUGUGGUCUGAACUUAAGUGUCCUAAAACUUUGAUUUUUUUUUUUUUUUUUUUUGAGAGAGUCUUGCUCUGUCGCCAGGCUGGAGUGCAGUGGUGCAAUCUCAGCUCUCUGCAAUCUCUGCCUCCCGGGUCCAAGCAAUUCCCCUGCCUCAGCCUCCCAAGGAGGUGGGACUACAGGCGCAUACCACCAUGCCCGGCUAAUUUUUGUAUUUUUAGUAGAGACGGGGUUUCACCAUGUUGGCCAGGAUGGUCUCGAUCUCUUGACCUCGUGAUCUGCCCAUCUUGGCCUUUCAAAGUGCUGAGAUUACAGGCGUGAGCCGCUGCACCCAGCCAAACCUUGAUUUUUUUAGCCACCUCUGGGAUUGCCUGGGUUCCCUUUGGAGAAGAAACUAAGAGUUAUGGCCAUGGAAAAAGCCCUGGUAAGAAAAUGUUUGAAUGGUGUAAGAUGGUGGCAGGAAAGCCAUCCCACACCCCUAUAACAUGUUCUGGCAUUUAUAAACUGCUUGAUCGUGUGCCCCAAGGGGGAAAAAAGUCAAGUAAUCCUCCAAAGGCCAGGCUUUCUAUGAAAAUGAGUGGUUCAAAGCAGUGUUUGGCUCAAGGGCAGUCUAGUUUUAUGGAUAGGGCCGACCUAAGACAUCUGCUCAUGAAGAAAUGUGGUAUCUGUUGCCAUUUCCUAAACUAUAAGGUUUAGAUAGACUGUCUUGAAUUUUGAUAGCAAUUUUUAAAAAAUAUAUAUUUUUGCCUCCUCGUAUGUCCUUAUUAUAUAUAGAAAAAAAAAGUGAGAGUUCCUCAGAUCAGAGCUCAGGAGCUGUGUCAAUUUGAAGUUCAAUCGGUGUAGUUCUCCUGAGGUGAUCGCUGACUCUGCUCUGUUUCAUAUUUCAGUUGCUUGCUCCAAGGAGAGAAGUUCUGAGAACAAUGGCUGUUAGCAACUUUAAGUUACUCCCCAAACGUUUGCUGGCCAUAUUCUCAUUUCUAAACAUCUGGAUCUGGGUAAAGGUUUGAAUAGAUGUAGGGAACAAAAUUGGUUUUUCCAUGGUGUAGUCUAAUUUUGCCAAAUCACCCAAGAAAGAAAGUAUAUGACGUGUGGAGUUUGCAUUUCUUGGAUGGGACCUAUCAGAUCACCCAGCCCAGUCUUGCAGUCAUAAAUUCCUACCUCUUAGUUCCUGCCAAAGGGCCUUCAGCCUCUGUGUGCACACUCAUUGAAUGAAUGCUUUGCCUAAAAUUUGGCCUUUUGAAGAAAAACAGUAUGUAAUAAUAUAAAAAUGUGAGAGUUAAAAAAGAAAAGAUCUCUGCCUCUCCUCUCUCUGCCUCAUCCACCUUGCCAUUUGUCUUGUUCUCUUUCUCUCCCCACACCAUGCCCUGAAUUCAAAUUUCUCUUUGUUUUAUUACAGGCAUGUUGUUUUGAAUGUGGACUUUGUGGGAGGGGGAUGAUUGUUCUGAGAACAGAAACUGGAAGAUACUUCUGAGUUGAUGGGACCAACAGGGCUUUGCUCCUCUGUGAGGGCCAAAGCCAUUGAUACUUGUCGGGGGUGAUGAGGGCUUUAGCAUCUCAAGGCAGACAUAUGAAGUAUUUACUGCUAAAUUGUAUUACCUACUAGUUCAAAUCUGUUGGAAUUCAGGGGCAGUCUAAGAUUUGGUGAGUGAAAUGCCAUCUGGCAAAAUUGAGAAGAGGGUGUGGCCUGAGAGGGGAAUGUUCAGCCUCAGUAUCACAUUAAGGGUACCUCAAAAUACAUGGUCCUUCCAGCUUGUUCCUUUUCCUCCCUCCAUUUCACUUUGUCCCCUCUUCUUCCUUUCUCUCCCAUUGUCCUGCCUUUUUAGCACUCAGCUUUUUAUAUAAGUAUGUAUUUACUUUUUAUUAUGUAUUUGGUCCUUUAGGACUAUAUGAUGAUUAAGAAUUUAUUCCAUUCAAGAUUUUAAAAUGAUGUGUUUAAUAUUUUGUUCUCUUAAACUGUCUUUUGAAGCUAUGCUGCUAACCAGGUAUAGGCCAGAAAGGAGGUGGCCCUGUCAGUACCUUGGUCACAUCAGCUAAGGGGGACAGUGAUGUCAUGUGGGUGACUCUUCUUCAUUUGACCAAGGCCAGCCUCCUGCUCUUACCUCUGCCCAUUCAUUUCUGGCUAUGGGAAAACUACCACCUGUUGGGUGAGCCAAUGAGGCCAGGAAGAUCAGAGGGGCUGGGUUACAGCCCAUGGGCCACUAUUUGAAUUUCUCUGUAGUAAGCGCUGUGUAGGGCUGGCUCCAACUGCAGUAGCCAAAGAAAACCUGUCUGACUCGACAUUUUAAUGCCUGAGAGUUGGUGAAAGUUCAGCUGAAGCUAAUGUCUAGACAUCAGCAGUAACUAGGCAUCCAGAAAGUAGCUUCAACCAAAGCUAAUAGAGCCCAAGUUUCUGCAGGAGGUUUGGUGCUGAGCUGUCCUAGAGCAGUUGUUUAUCUGAGUGUUGCUAUCCCUUAGCCAUGCUUUCUUGGCUUUGUUCUCGCCUGUUCUUAGGCAUAGCCUGAACCAGAGCUAUGGCUCACUGCUCGCUUUAGUCUACUCCCUAGUCAUGUGGAACAACAUAGUCUAAAACGGAAGAUAUGGACUGGGGAGUUAGGAGACCUGAUUUCUAUUCCCUAUGCUUCUACUAACUAGCCUCGAGAUCUUAACCGCUCUGUGCCUCAGUGUUCCCAUCUGCAAAAUGGGGAUAGUGUUAAUUGCCCUACCUACCUCACAGGGUUGUUGUGAGGAUAAACUGAGACAAUGAAUUCAAAGUACGUUGACAAGUAAGUGCUAUGCAAAUUGUAAGAAAUGGAAACAAUCAUGUUAAAGGCAAUGGAAUGGACAUUGGCAGAAGGGUUAAUGGAUUGUCCAGCCCUUUCUCUGUGUGGCUUAAACCCAGGUCGCCAUUGCUUUAUACAUUUCCACUUAGCACAGAUUUGUAAUUAUGCAUGUAAUAAAGCACAGCCUUAUCCA